AUGCAGGUCUUCUUGCGAUGGAGGCCACUGGGCGCGGGUGAGAUCACCGAGAUUGAACACACCGGCCAGCAACACGGCAACACGCGCUUCUCUACGACCAUAAACAACCCCGCGAGCUCCAGUCGAAACCGCUCAUGGACAAGCGACGCGGCUUUCUCCCAGAUUUUCGGGGCCGACGACGGCAACAAGAGCGUUUUCGAGGCAGUCGUCGCGCCCAGCUUGCCGCGAGUGCUGAAUGGCGGGACUUGUAAUUUCUUCGCAUACGGCCACUCAGGCAGUGGCAAAACACACACCAUCGUUGGGUAUGACUACGACCACAGCGAGGCCUUUGGCCUCUGCUUGUCGGCGGCGAGAUCGCUCUUCGACGAGAUCGAAGCACGAAACGCAAGCCCCCGCGACGGCGACGGCGACGACAAGAAUAGCAGCGACCGGCUCGGCCUCGGUAUUCGCAUGUAUGAGCUGCGCAAAAACAUCGCCUUCGACCUCUUGAACGGUCGCAGCGAAUGCCAUGUCCGCGAAGGCCCCGACGGCCGCGUCCACAUCCGCGGCGAGACCGAGAUGCUGGAGGGCGGAAAGGUUAGGGUGCGUCCGGUAGCGACCCGUGCGUGCUGGGACUUUGACGGCUUGCGUCGCGAGCUGCAGGUUGGGCUUGGGUUGCGGGCCACCGGCUCGUCGACAGUGCACGAUCAGAGUUCUCGCACCCACGCCGUCCUGGAGCUUGAAAUAGUGACCAAGGCGCUACUCGACGCCCGUGACGCCGUCGUUGAGCGGGAGUCGGAAUUCGUUCCUGUGGCGAAACGUGCGACAGACAUUUACCUGGAAGAAAAUUUGCAGGCGUUUACCAAGACCGCGGAUGGGAAAUUUGUCCCCAACCCCGAUCAUCCGCCCAACCAAGAUCGUAUUGAUGCCGCAGAAAAGGAAAAAGAAAAAUUUGCGCUCUGUGUCCAGCAAGCCGAAGCUGAUGUGGAGCGCGUAUUAUUUGCCUCGAAGGAUCAGAAGUGCCUAGGCGGAAGGGUAGUUUUUGUCGACUUAGCGGGAUCCGAGUACUAUCACGAAAAGGCGACAGCGUCGGUGUUCGCGGCCAAAAUGACCCCACAGGAGGCCCAAGAAGGCCGGCAAAUAAACACCGAUCUUCUUGCCUUGAAAGAAGUAAUCCGUGCGCGGGCUUUGAGUCAGGCGCGCAUCCCGUUCCGAUCGUCUCCAUUGACCAUGGUUCUGCGUGAGCAUUUUUCGGCCUCCACAGAUACCCAGUCCGCCAUGAUUCUUACCGUAUCCCCAUCAAGCGAGCAAUUUGCGGCUACCAUGAACACGCUAAAAUACGGGAACUUGGUGGGCAUUGCUGGGAAGAAGAAAGUCAGUGCCACGCGAUCAUGA